AUUAUUUCAAUUCGUCGCAAGUGGUUGUAAAUUUAUAUAAACGUUGAAAAAUAUAGACAAAUCGAAAUCAGAUUUAUUAAUUCUCCAAUAAUAAAAAUAUAAAACCGAUUUCUUUACAAUAAUCAAAGAUUAAAAUAUAAUUCUCAAAUUGAGAAACCACACUAAAAUAAAGGAAAAAAUAAAAAUUUAAAACUAAAAACUUGCUGUGUCUAGUAGGAUAAAAAUUCAAAUCGAAAAAUUCUUGAAAAGAAAAGAAAAGAAAAAGACGAUUCAAGUGAAAGUGUAUAAAAUUGGUGAAAAACAUAAUCUAAUAUCAAAUAACAGUUUAUAGUGAAAAUUGUUCAAAUAGAAAUUUGUGCAAGAAAAAUGUCAGAAUCUACCGCGACACAAAAUUCCUCUGUGCGUAAUAAACAUUGCCCGCCGCCCCCAAGACGUGAUAGCAAUAGUGGUGGCGGCGGCUGCUCAAAAUAUCUAGAUAUAACAAAGGAGGAAUUUUCUCGUAUAGAGGAUGCUUUAAAAAAAGAAGAGUUUCGAAAACUAUUCUUUGAGUAUUGUGAAGAAAUACAAGAUCCGAACAAUCGUAAACUUUACGAGCAAGAAAUAAAACAGUUUGAGGCGGAGCGUGGUGUAGAUGUUCGUUUUAUAAAUCCGGAACCAGGUUUCGUAGUGAAAACUUCGGUCGACGGCGUAACAAAAUGUUUCGUAAAUAUAGCCAAAUGUGUUGAUGUCGCGCGUCCGUCAAACCAGAGGUGCAUAAAUCCAGAAACAGGACAUCCCGACUUAAGUUGGUCCAUUCCGCUUGCGCAGGCACCACCACGUGAGGAUUUGGAUGCACAAAGCAAACGCUGUCUAGUAUACGAUGUGAUCUUUCAUCCGGAUGCGUUGUAUUUGUCACAACGAGAUUCCGCUUUCCGUAAGUGCCUCAUUGACACAGCGCUGGACGCUGUAGAAAGGGAAUUCAAGGUGAUCUUAGAUCGAACGAAUUUGAAAUUUCCAAAACUGUUGUUCAAGGGCAUGGCACGGCCGCUUGUGAUACGCUCAUUAUCGAAAAAUCCGCCACCAGACGCUAAGGAACCACAUCCUCUGGAUUCCAUUUCCCCCGCAAAGCCUACAGCUGAUGCUACGAAGCCAAAGUUAAUACCUAUGAAAACACAAAAUCCAAUCUCAAAACCUGAAUUUAAUGUACCCAAAUAUGUUAUUAAGCAUCGUCGGGAUGUUGAUCUCAGCGAAUACACCUACGAGCUCGACGCCAAACUCAGCGUCACUGUACCGCGUGAAUUGGUAAUUGAGAUUGAAUUGCCGCUGCUCAAGUCUACAGCCGACUGCAAAUUAGACGUAACAGCAAAGUCAUUGUAUUUGUUUAGCGAUCGCCCAGGCGCAAAGUAUCGCCUUAAUUUAGAUCUCCCCUAUGCUGUAGAUGAUAAAAAAGGUAAUGCCCGUUUUGAUACAGAUAAGCGACAGCUAUCUAUAACGCUGCCAGUUACGCAAAGUAGCCCGAAGAAGCAACGUGCCAUGCAUGAUUCCAUUUCCCAGCUAAAUCGCGAAGAUAGUGGCGUGGAGAGUGAUAUUCGCGAGGAUGGUCAUUUGAAUUCUUAUAGCGAAUCGCCAGUUGAGGAAUUAAGCGACACAGUGGAGGAGAGCAGCAGCAUGUUAGCUGACAAUGAAAAUUCGCCCCCAUCUUCGAGCUCCACAGCAACAUUACCAUCACCUACAAAUUCCGCCAAUAAUUUCCUUAAAAGCCCUAUUCAGUAUCAGCUGCCCGCGAAAUUCGAUUGUAAUGUCCUGGACAACGUUAUGUCAUUCGUUCUACACGUCCGCAAUGUACAGCCGGAAUCCAUAGCAAUGAUUAAAAAAAUCAAGAGCCUACAUUUGCAAUUCACCUCUAUUGGCAGUGGCUACUAUCCUACCCAUUAUGCAUUUUAUCUGCAGCUUCCGCAGGAUUGCAAAGCAGAAAUUGACACUGCCGAAGCUGAAGCUUGGGAAAACAACGUAGUAUUAAAUGUGAAUUUGGCUACUUCCAGCGAGAAUAUACAAAACUAUCUGGUUGGCAUCGAUGCGAGUGAUCUGAAAGAGUACAACAUACAGGGAAAGUUUCAACUGGGCCAUAAGUCGCGUCAAUCGCGCAAGAAAUCACCACCAACACCGCCGAUUUCUCUAUCCUCGUCGCUGGAUAUUUCUGUUGAACGUUCGGAGUGUGAGCGUUCAGUGGAAAUUGAAAUUAAGCCUACUAAUGAAGCUCAAUCGACAUGUACCGCCAAUACCACCGAAGACGAAGAUGGUUUGAUGCAUGGAACCGAGGCUGUGACAAAGAAAAUUAACAAAAAACAAAAGAAGAAGAAUAAGAAACGCCGAUCACUCUCCGAAUCGGUCUGUGAUGAUAUCAAAGUAUAUCAGAAACAGCAACAACAGCAACAGCAAGAACAUCAAAAACAAUUCCUAAAAGAGGCUGCUGCCAAAAUCCUAAAUAACGAUUCUUCCAAUUCGCCGGAUGACAACUCCUCACCAGAACGUUCAGAUACCAUUACGCCCAUCAUACAACCACAACCAUUGACAUCUCAAUCAAUGGCCGUGCCAAACAGUGCACAACAGCGAAAACAACGUAGCUAUUCGGAGUGUCGAAGUGGCGAAAGCAUUGUGAGCAGCGGUGGCUCCACUUUGCCACCCUCUUUUAAGGGUAUUUUAAAACACUAUAGCCGUUACGAGCCACGUCCAUCAAUAUCGGACAGCUGUUCGUCCAUCGAUGAGUACUCGUCGUUCUCCUGCUCGGUGGAUGGUGGCGUGGGUAGUAGCUUGCGCUUCUCACAAUCAUUCAGUGACAUACCGGAGGAGAAUGACUCCAAUAGGCUGUCGGAGAGCUGCAAAAAGACUGUUAGAUUUAAUGAGGUCAUCAAAGAACAAGUGUUUAGACUGAAUUCCAGCAUUUUGGGGCAACGAAAGAAGAAUCAGAAACGUCGCGAUCGGAAACAGCGCGCUCUACAACGUCGUGUCAGCGAAGGCGAUUCUGCUGAUUACGAAGACAACAGCAAGCCGAUCGGUCUGGAUACCGAUAGGGAGCAGUAUCUGAAGUCGAGUUGCAAGAGCGAUGAAAACGUCGCUGGCAGCGCUCUUAAGCCGCCUCAUGCCAGCGGUAAGCAGUCAAACAAAUAUGCUGUCAAUAAACAACAACACGCAAAGGGUGGCAGCAAAGUGUCACGCGCACGCCUAGAAUCGGAGGAAUCGUCGGAUGCUGAAGCGCACAAGCACACUAUGAUGAUGUUCGAGUUAGACAUGUAGUGGGCAUUUCACUUGCACCACUUUCGAAACGUUCACCUCUGCCGAGUAGAAUUGUACAAAUACACAAUCAUUAAUUAACUUUUACAUAUACAUAUAUAUAUAUAUAUACACAUGUAUGUACGAGUACGUCACACACCAUUACUGUCACAACGUAGAUAUCAUCUUCCAAUUUGUAUCCUGUUAGCAGUCCUAGAGUUUUGUUUUUGCAGACUCACAUAUAUACAUACCUACACAUACCUAUUAAUUGUUCAAUAUAUACGUAAUUUGCAACUUUAAUUUGCCUUAUAGACGUGUACCACGCACGCGAUUGAGUGAUUUCUAUAUAUCUUACAUUUAUGUAGAUUUGCUAAACAAAAAUGCAAACACAUAUAUUUCAAAAUUUAUAUAUGUAUAUUUGUUUGUUAUAAACUUCGUAUACGAAACAUGAAAUUGUAAUCACACUUUAGGCGAUAAUCAAAAUUGUAAAAUAUUUCUAAAUAAUUGGGUACCUUUCACACACUUCACGUGUGUGUCGAAAUUGUAAAAUAAACAUUAAUCUUGGAUUUAUACAAAUCAUUUAGGGAGAGAAAAAAAAAACAAUUGUUAAUUAUACUCUUUUACCAAUAUGCGUUUGAAAAUUUGUUAUAAAGCAUUUGCAACGCAUGCAUACGAACAACAUAAGUACUCUCAAUGGUAUACAAACAUACAUACAUAUACUAUAUAUAUACAAGUUGUAACAAUUUUUUAUUAAAUUACAUAUUUAUAAUCAUUAAUGCAUGUUCUCAUAUGCUCUCACAUGGACAUGGAUACAUUUUGAGCACCUCAAAUACAUACAUACAUAUAUUAAAACAAAAUGUUAAUAAAUAUUUUAAAAUAAUUCUU